GGCGAUCAUAUACGGACGGACCCAGUCGGUAGUUACAGCGCAUGCGCAGGGAACUACAUGGUUACGAAAAUGCUUGUUACAUGACUAUUUUCGAGUAAAAUACAGUUUAAAAUCUGAUCAUAGAGACAGACGCUGUGAGACAAUGGCAGGAGAGGAACAUGAGGACAAGGAGAAGGGUUUCAGGCUUUUGGGGAUUCUGGAUGUCGAGAAGACUCCAUGUGCCAGAGAAGCUGUCUUGCAUGGAGCUGGAGGCUCAGUAGCUGCUGGUCUGCUACACUUUCUGGCCACUAGUCGUGUGAGGAGAUCUUUUGAUGUGGGAUUUGCAGGCUUUAUGCUCACCACACUCGGGUCCUGGUUUUACUGCAGGAUAAACAACGCCAAACUUCGUGUGCAGCAGAGGACGAUCGAGGUCGGCCUCAAGAACAAGGUCAUGUAUGAAGGGACCGUUCCAGACCCCACAAAGAAACUCGGGGCAGAAACACCAUCAGGGCCUUCAUGACCUCCAGCUGUGAAAUCCUCCCCUCCUCAGUCAGGGCUGGGAGGAGAAGACAGGGCACUGCCGCGGCCCUACAGAGACUACAGUUAGGUUUUUUCAAAUGACUGACUUCAGCUGCACAAAUGAUGGACGGAGCUAUAAGGUCCAUGAUUUUAUGUGUUAUUUGAUUGUCUGACCCUUAGAGCUGCAACAAUUAUCAAUUAUUGAAUUAAUCGGCAACUAUUUUGAUAAUGGAAUAAUUGGUUUGAGCCGUUUUUUAAAGACAAUAAAUCCAAAUUCUCUGAUUUCAGCUUCUUCAAUGGGAAUAUUUCUGGAUUCUUUGUUCCUUUGACAAUAAAGUGAAUAUCUCUUUGGGUUGUGGACAAAACAAGAGAUUUGAGGACGUCAUCUUGUGGUUUGGGAAACACUGAUUGAUAUUUUUCAACAUUUUAUUGACCAAACAACUAAUCCAUUAAUGGUUUAAAUAAUCAAUAAUGACAAUAAUCAUUAGUUGCAGCCCUACUGACCAUUAACAAUACAUCAAAUCCAAAGCAUGAUAUCUCAUAUUUCAGAGCCGUCCACGUUGACUUUUUGACUAAAGCUUAUCCUAAAAUAACAAAAAAAUGUUUAAGUAUAGAAUUGGAAUCUAAAUGCUUCCACCCAACAUUGACCAAGCAAAUGUACCAGUUGAACUGUCUCCCCCUUCAAACCUGUGAUGUGUGAUAUGCUGUGAUUUCAGUCACUCCUUCUUUCUGUGUGGAAGUUUGUUCUGCACACCAAUCAACCACUUCAUAGUUAAAGUGCAAAAAAACCUUCCCCAGCUGGAAUGGAGCCGGGGACAUUGCCGUUAUUUGGUAUUCAUAGACUGGCGCCAUGUCCAGCUUUCUGUCAAAAUCGAUGCAAAAUCAAUUCAUGCUUGAAAAUCGUUACUAGAGCAGCAGCUUCAUGUGUUCAAGUGUUGUAUCAGCCUUAAGAUUCAUGACAAACAUUGUUUUAUUAUUUAAAAGUUGAAUGUUUGGAAAAUAAAUUGUGUAAUAUUGUG